AUGGCGACCGUUUCGAACGGUUCUAAGUACGACUUUAUCUUCGGCGGUGGUGGCACGGCUGGCAAUGCCGUUACUGGCCGCCUUGCUGCAGACCCUGACGUCCGUAUUCUGGUUGUUGAAGCUGGUAUUCCAAGCCCAGACGAUAUCGAACAAAUCACCACGCCAUCAAAGACAUUUACACUUCGUGGGAGCAAAUAUGACUGGGCCUACAAGACGACCAUGAUCUUCAAUCCAUGGAUACUUUUUCCAUACAAAAUUGAUUAA